AUGGCCUUCUUCAGCAAAUCAGCCAGGGGCCUUGCAGCUCAUAUUAGCAAGGCCUCGCCUCCAUAUACCACUACCCAGACACCGCUGGGCGCGAUCCGAAGCAGAGCCAACAAUGCCACAGCCCCGGGCCGACGCAACUUUCAUCUCGGCGCCGUAGGAGACGCCGUCCUAUGGACAGCUGACAGCAUCACCUUCCUCCACCACACCGGCCUGCCCUGGUUCGUCUCCAUCCCCCUCGUAGCCGUGGGCGUCAACUUCACCUUUCGACUGCCGGUCCAGUAUUACACAAGGCGCCUCGUGGUCACCAGGAACAAGCUGACGCCGCUGGUCACCGCCUGGAGCGCGCGGCAUGCGGCGACUGUGCCCCAGGGCCAGGGCGAGGAAGCAGCCCGACUCUGGCGGCUGAGGGUGGCUGGCCUGACGGAGCGGUCCCGUGCACGAAUAUACAAGAGCUGGGGCGUUCAGAGGUGGAAGUCGUUUGCCCCCUUCCUCAGCAUGGCCCCCUUCAUCAUCGUCUCCGAAGCUCUCAGGCGCCUCUGUGGUGCCCCCACGGGAUGGCUCAGUCACACCUUCGGACUGGUGGAUGCCCAGGCCGUUGCGUCAGCCGUGGAAACGUCGCGCCGCUAUCUCGACGAGUCCCUGGUUGACGGGGGCUGUCUCUGGUUCACAGAUCUGACUGCCAUGGACCCUUAUUUUGCGCUGCCCAUCAUCUGCUCGGCACUCCUUGCCCGGACGUCAUGGGGGAGGCUGUCAAAGGACCAGCUCCGGGCCCUGCUGAGCGUC